UCCACCAUGGCCUCUGGGAACAGCAGUGACCCACCAGACCGUCAUCGGCGCAGGGCCAGAGAGGGGCGUAGACCGUCGCUGAGGCUCAAUUCAGAAGAUCAGGUGGCCCAAGAGACCGAGGAGGUGUUCCGGAGCUAUGCCUUCUACCGCUACCAGCAGGAGAGGGAAGAGGGUGGAGGGGAGGUGCCGAUGGACCCCGAGAUUGCAGAGAUCCAGCAGGAGCCGGGCAGCACCAGUAACCAGGUGGGCAGGCGCCUGGCUAUCAUAGGAGAUGACAUCAACAUGCGGUAUGACGCAGAGUUUCAGAACAUGCUGAAGACCCUGCAGCCCACGAAGGACAAUGCCUAUGAGUACUUCACUAAGAUAGCCUCCAGCUUGUUUGACAGCGGCAUUAACUGGGGCAGGGUGAUUGCGCUGCUGGGGUUCGGUUACCGGAUGGCGAUUCAUGUGUACCAGCACGGGGUGACCGGCUUCCUCCGGAGCAUCGCUCGCUACGUGGCAGAAUUCGUGCUCCGCAACCGCAUCGCCCAGUGGAUCGCCGACCAAGGAGGAUGGGUGGCAGCACUGGAGUUGGAUAACGUUUACGUGUUGUACAUGAUGGGAGUGUUGGUCGUGGUCCUGCUGGGUCAUUUGGUGGUACGACGCUUCUUCAGCCCAUGACUGGAGUGGAGGCCGAGGCCGGCGAUCCGGCCAAACUCUCUCUCUCAAUACUUCACGCCGUCAUAAAGACAUCUCCUGAGAGAGAGGGGCUCAGGGAACAAACAAGGGAGAGCAGUUUGGAAAUGAUGACUCCUCUUCGGAGACAGCACCAUCCACGGAGAGACUGCCAUCCGUGGGGAGACUGCCAAGAACUACACAGAGAGGCGUU